GCCAGUGCCAGUCGUAGCCAGGCGAUGCGCAUUUAGAUCAGUAGUAGUUUACUGACUCUGUUAUUUCUCCUAAAUAAAACAAACAAAAAGAGUUUAUUCGAGAGUCGUCGAGCAUGGGUAAAGUCCGCCGGAGCAAGAAACCACCUCCGGAAGGCUGGGAGCUCAUCGAACCUACUUUGGACGAGCUGGAACAGAAGAUGCGGGAAUGCGAGACGGAAUCACACGAGGGCAAGCGGAAAGUGGAGUCACUGUGGCCCAUAUUCAAGAUCCACCACCAAAAGUCGAGAUACGUGUUCGACCUGUUUCACAAAAGGAAGGCCAUCAGUAAAGAGCUGUUUGAGUACUGCAUCAAGGAGGGCCUGGCCGACCGCAACCUGAUGGCCAAGUGGAAGAAGCAGGGCUACGAGAACCUGUGCUGCCUGCGCUGCAUCCAGACGAGGGACACCAACUUCGGGACCAACUGCAUCUGCCGUGUGCCCAAAGGAAAGCUGGAAGAGGGCAAGAUUGUAGAGUGCGUCCACUGCGGAUGUAGAGGCUGUUCGGGAUGAAGAACGCUGCAAGAAUCGACAUCAACCUCCUCACAUACUAAACACAACUGACAAGACAGAAGAGAAACAAUAAACAUGAUGCGAAUGUAAA